AUGCAGGCGUCCCUCGGAGACCCCAGAGCAGUGGACAGUAAUGUGAAAACAAUACUCAUGUCGUGUCUGAAAGGGCAACAAGUCAUCAUUAAAAUGGAGGCGAUGAAAAUCAUCCACCCGGAGAAGUUUUCGGAGCUGCAGGCCUCUCAGCCACGCUACGCGCCGGCCCCGCGCCGUGAGCCACCCCUCGUGGCCAAGCGUGCGUGGCCCUCCGAGUCCGAGAUCAUCGUCAACCAGGCGUGCGGGGACAUCCCCGCCUUGGAUGCCACCCCCGGCCCCCUGCCGCUGCCCCGGACUCCCCCCCUGCCGCGGCGAGAGCGCGGGUACCAGAGCCAGCGGAAGGGCAGCUCCGAGGUCUGCUACCACCGGCAGCCACCAUCAGACGAGGUGAUCGUCAACCAGUACGUGCUGCACCCCUCGACACCCUGUGAGCCCCUCGAGUGCCCCACCUGCGGCCACAUGUACAACUUCACCAACAAGCGGCCCCGCAUCCUCUCCUGCCUGCACUCGGUGUGCGAGGAGUGCCUGCAGAUCCUCUACGAGUCCUGCCCCAAGUACAAGUUCAUCUCCUGCCCCACCUGCAAGCGGGAGACCGUCCUCUUCACCGACUACGGGCUGGCGGCGCUGGCCGUCAACACCAGUAUCCUCAACAGACUGCCGGCCGAGGCCCUGGCUGCCAACCCCGUCCAGUGGAGCAGCGACACCGACCGCAGCUGCUACCAGACCUUUCGCCAGUACUGCGGGGCUGCCUGCACCUGCCACAUCCGAAACCCGCUGUCUUCCUGCACCAUCAUGUGAGCCCCGCGCCCCUGCCUGCACCUCCUGGCAGCAGGGUGGGAGAGGACGGCGCAGCGCCGCGGCGGGUCUCCAGGCCCUUCUUUGCCGAUGGCACAGCCCGGGGAUGCUCUGAUGCUCGCUGUGGCCAAGGAUGUAGGACCAGUGUCCCCACCAGCACUUGCAGGGGGUGAUGGGGGGUGCUGGGACCUGGCAGCAGCCCCCUACACCCCAGCGGUGCCUGGGGAGAGGGACCCUGGGAUGGGGAGCACACCUACCAGCACAGCUCUCCCCAGUCCUGCGGCGGGUGCACCCGCUGUGCAUCGAGCAUCUCACCACGCUCCUUCCCUGGGGCACCUGCUUCCUCCACUCUCCCUGUGGCUCCUAAGAGUGGACGCUGGGUCCCAGCCAGAGCGACACCCUCCCCAUCGCCCCGCAGCCACUGCUGGCAGCACAAGGAGCCCUGGAGGUGCACGGUGCCAUGCUGGGUCACCUGCCCGGCAUGGGAGACGAGGACAGGUCCCCAGCUGCACCCUCCCCUUCUCUGUAAGUUAUUUGCCAAAGCUUUCAUCUCAGCGGCCAAGCCGCCGUGCGCCCGAGUCAUUAUAGCCACGCCAAACCGCCGCACCGGCCCCUCGGUUGCGAGCAGACACGCGGCCCGUUUCCUCCGCAGGCCCUUGAGGAAAGCUCCACUUUAUCCUCGUUUUGGAGGAUUCUUGUUUUUUCCCUGUCCAUCCCCAGCUGCCCCAUCCUAGGCCGCUAUGCGUUCACAAAGGCAUUGAGCUGUGCCCGUUCUCUGCUGCUCCGCCCGGGACCCUGCACCAAUGCCCCGUGGGAUGGCUUGGGGGUGGCACGGGGUCCAGUACCCCAAAUUGCCAGCUUCAGCGAGGGGAUUUGGCUGGGCAGGGGGGCAGAGGCCUGGCUCCCGCCCACGUUCCCAUCCCUGGAGCAGCACCUCUGCUCUGACCCCUGUGCAGAGGGGCUGGCAGGGCGGCAGCUCCCUGUGCACAAGCUUGCUUUCUCCAGGGUGCCUGGAGGGGUAAGUUUGCUGCCAAAAAAGCAAAAAAAAAACCACUAAAAAAAUAAAGAAAAAGCCAUAAUUUGCAGGUGCUCCUUUGGGGCUGAGCACCACAACCCAGCAAGGCCGUGGCACCAGGGGCACAUGCUGCCCGGUCCCAGGGCACAGGGGCUGGGAGAGCCAGAGGGGCCCCCCCAGAGCCCCUACACCCCAUAGGAAAGAGCAGCCCAGCAUCCAUCCAGGGAGAGGGGCUGAACCAUCCCCCCCACUGGCCCCCAGGAGCAAGGAUGCCGCCAGUGCAGCCCUGGGUACCACCCCGCUGCCGGCAGAGAACAGGGGCUGAUACUGUUUCUGUGUUGCUCUGCCAAUGCCUCCCGCUGCUGGUUGUGACAAUGAUCAUGUUUUAUACCCGGCCUUGUUCUAACCCCCGUCAGUCUCCCCAAUAAAGAUUAUAUUGGAACGAA